CCAAUGAGCUUUGAUCCUGCCCCCUUGAUAUAUAAAUGGGCUGCCAGCACUUAAUCGCUCUUUUAGUUCCGGACUACCAAACUGAGCAGAUCUGUGAUCACAGCUACAAGACAAGCUAGGCCUGAAGCCUUCCACUUCAGCCGCUUUCUGAACCGUGAGUUAAUCCGACUCAAAUCUCACCAAUCCUACGUGACUACUGAACCUAAACAUUCCCCUUAAUUCAGCGGAACAGCGUACAGCAAAAUCAACGCAUAUUUUACUACAAAGUCCCAGCCAACCUGUGAGGAGCCUAAAGCCCGCUCCUCUUGUAAAAGACUGUUUGUUAUCAUCAUCUGCAUAAAAUCUGCAGUAAAGUUAUUUCCAGUUUACUACAACUUCUGCUGUGGACAAUCCUUAUUCCUCCCUAUCGUUCCCGGGACAGGCGGUGGUAGGACAUAUAUGUAUAGAGGAAGCCCUCACCCUGGCGUCCCGACAAUCAAGGGUUAAUGCUAUACCCUGCAACACUACUCUGCGACACCCCUGUUCCCCCUACAUCCCCCAAAGCUCACCACAAUUCUAUAAUAGUAAGAAAGAAACCCUGCGAUCAGGAACACUUCUAAAGAGCAGGAAAGAAAAACGUUUGGCAUCUGGUUGCGCUCAGUGUCGCCAAGAAUGAAUGAUCAGGUGUCAGCGGAUGCAGGACAAAGGAGAUUAUCAUGAGAACUGUGUGUCAUGACUGCCACUGAACAUGGCCCAUGAGCCGUGAUGUGAUAAGAGGGGUUACGGAAAGAAAGAGAAAGGGAAGGGAAAGAAGAAAAGAAAAGAAAGAAAGAAAGGGUAAGGUGAAGCAAUGGGAGGAAAGGACCUAAAGCAUAGGAUAUAGGACUUACCAAGCGGCCCGAACCAACCCAGGAGCCCCCUCGACAUCCAGUGGCAUCUCGUCAAGUGUUGGAGAAGAGGGAAACAGUCAGAUGGGAUAGAAGAAGUGAAACUCGUGGGGGGAUCCAACCCCUGUGAAGGGAGACUGGAGGUGAAGAUUGGGGGAGAGUGGGGCACAGUGUGUGAAGACGACUGGGAUGAGAAGAACACAGAUGUGCUUUGUAGACAUAUGGGCUGUGUACCAGAAUCCGGGGGUGAAGCUCGGGUGUCUUCAUUCGGUGCCGGUUCCGGGACGGUCUGGUUGACCAGUGUGACCUGCAAUGGACAAGAGGAAACUCUAAAUCAAUGCAAAUAUUCUGUCGAAUCAGGAGAUAUUUGUAGCCACAAGAAGGACAUCGGUGUCAUCUGUGCAGGUGAAGCGGAGGAGAUAAGGCUGGCUGGUGGGGCCCAUAAGUGUGAGGGACGAGUGGAGGUGAAGCAUCGGGGCCGGUGGGGCACGGUGUGUGGUCUGGACUGGUACACAAGUAAUGCCCUCGUAGUCUGUAGACAGCUGGGAUGUAACGUCACCAAUGGACUCCAGGUCAAGGCGGCUACAUUUGGAGCUGGAACGGGCAAAGUCUGGCUCAGCCAUGUCAAGUGUGCGGGGGAUGAGGCUGGGGUCUGGGACUGCAAGCACCGGAUGUGGGGAAGUGGAUCGUGUAAACAUCGAGACGACGCUGGAGUUAUCUGCUCAGGUGAUCCUCAGGAAAUCAGACUUGAGGGAGGAUCCAGUGCGUGUGAGGGGAGGCUGGAGGUGCGCCACCAGGGGGUGUGGGGCACUGUAUGCGGUGACUACUGGAAUGACAAGGAUGCAGCUGUUGUUUGCCGGCAGUUGGGCUGCAGCGCCUCCAAUGGCCAAAUUAAGGCAACAUCAUUUGGACCCGGUACCGGUACGGUUUGGUUUAGUAAUGUAGUCUGCACAGGAGAAGAGAUGAACCUGUGGCAGUGUCAGCACCAGAUGUGGGGCCAUCCCUUCUGUGACCACGAACAAGACGUCGGCGUCAUAUGUGCAGCUUGGACCUCCACUGAUCACACAUUGACGGACUGUCCUAAAGGUUACCAUAGAGAUGACUAUUUUAAAGGAAUGAACAACCAGAAAAGGGGUAAACCAGAGGAGGUCAAGCUUGUUGAUGGGAAGAAUGAGUGCGAGGGAAGGCUAGAGGUCCGUCAUCAGGGGCAAUGGGGCACAGUGUGCGGCUAUUACUGGGGUGUCACAGAGGCCACUGUGGUUUGCAAACAGCUAGGAUGCGGUGGCUCCCAAGAAGAUGACAUCCAAGCCAAGGUGGCCAACUUUGGAGCUGGAACCGGAAAGGUUUGGUUGAGUCAUGUAAGAUGUUCAGGAGACGAGUCGACUAUAUGGGAGUGUAACCACCCGAUGUGGGGAAUCAAUCGUUGUGGACAUAAGCAUGAUGUUGGGGUCAUCUGUGAGGACAAAAGGACGGGUCUGAGCAGCGACUUCAGGUUAACAAACAGCAGUUCAGGAAGAGUCGAGAUGAUGUCCGAGCAUACUGGGAGUUGAAGUUUUGCAACAUCCGGAGGGCCAUCAGUUUGAGACCAUUGGGCUUGGAGAUGAGUGUCAGCGAAGAGGCAUGCCAGGCCGUGGCCAUAACACUGACCUUGGCAAUGUGUGAGUCACAUGACAUGACCGUAGGCUGGUGGGCGGGUAAUGUGUUCUCCACCAUGUUUUAUGGCUUGUUAUAUAUCUAUAAUAAAGGAUCCAUAUUAGUG